AGAGACCCGUCGUCUGGGCUCCCGUGCGCUCGCUCGCGGAAUCUCCACUCCCGGUGCACGCGCCUCCUCCCGCAAGAGGCAAGGAAGACUCGGCCAGGCACCGUGACUCGAGGGGGGAGCGUGCGCGCCCCUCGGAGCCACCCUGAGCCUCCUUGGCUGAGAGAGCACGCUUGGCCGCCCCGCCCUGGGGGGCAGCCGGGCGCCGGGCCGAUCGGCGGCGCACCGCCGCCCGCGGGCGGGAGCGCCCUGAGGGCCAGCGGGGGCUGCGCGCCCGCUCCGGGAGGUGGCCAAGGAGACAUGCUCCGCAAGCUGCUCCCGGGCCGCGGCGGCGGUGGGCCGCCCGGGGGCGCGGAGGCCAGCUCGCGGGAGGAGGCCGAGGCGGCGCUGGCGGCCUGGGAGGCGGCGCUGGGGUCCGGCGGGGAGGCCAGCAGCGAGCCCCUGGAGAAGGCGCUGUCCGCGGUGCUGGCGGUGCCGCCCGAGGCCCGUGAGCCGCUGGAGGGCGCGCUGCGGCGGCUGGCGGAGCGCCUUCCCGCGGCACUCGCCGCACCCUCGGAGGAGGCCGAGGGCGGCUCCCGGGACACCCUCCAGGCCGCCCUGUCGAUCCUGAGGCUCGGCCGCUCCGACUCCGCGGAGCUGGCCUCCGCGCUCGCGGCGGUCGUGCUCGCGACGCGGCGGAGCGAGGCGCUGGAGGACGCGUCUGCGGAGGCGGCGGCCUGCGCCGCCGCCCGGGACGACGCCGCCGCCUGCCCGGCGGUGCGGCUGGCGGCGGCGCUGCAGGGCGCGCGCGCGCUUGCGGGGGCGCGGGGGCUCUGCGAGGGCGCGCUGCGGUCGCGGGGGGAGCGCCUCGAGGCGGCGGCUGCCUCGCUGGAGGCGCCGCGGCUCGCGGCGCAGCGGCGGCGGGAGGAGGCGGCGCUGCGCCGCGCGGAGCUCGAGGCGGAGCUGGAGUCCUUGAACACCCCGGCACAGGGCAGCCCAGUGGCCGCGGAGGACCCUGGCGUGGCGCUCGAGGCGGAGGUGGAGCGGCUCGCGGCGCUGCGCCAGCAGCUCCUCGCGGAGCUAGACGAGGUGUCCCUCCGGCACGGCGACGCGGCCGCGCGGCAGCGGGCGCACAUGACGCAGGUGGACGGCUGGCGCCUCGACCGGGAGAGGGCGCUCGCUGCCACGAGGGGCUCCGAGAAGGAGGUCCUCGCGGAGCUCGGCUCGCUGGAGCGGCAGGCCGAGGCCUGCGACGCGCUCGCGACGAGGCUUGCGGAGGUGGUCGAGGUGCAGCGGGGGGCGCUGGACGAGCACGCGCCCGCGCUGGGCGGCGCCGGGGACGACGUCCGCUCCGCGGCGGCCGCCGUGCUCGCGGAGAGCGAGGCCGGCGGCUCCGCACGCAGUGUGGAUGGAGGUAUCGCCCGCGAGCUCGCUGAGCUCAAGCGCAAGUACGCUGCCCUCCAGAAGUCCAAGGCCGAGUCCCCCGCCGAGCCUGCCCCUCCGCCCGACCCGCUCGAGCUUGAGGUCCAGCGCUGGGAAGGGAUCGUGGCCCAGUUUGCCAAGUCGGGCUUGGGCGCAGAUGUCCCCAGCCGUGUCAGUGCCGAGCAGUCUCUUGCAGCGGCGCGCAAGGCCCGCAAUGAUGCCAAGCCGCAGCUUGCGCGCCACACCACCCUCGGGCACAAGCUGCAGGACGCGAUCAAGCGCCAGCAGAAGCUCGAGUCAGACGUCAGUGCGCAGGUCAGGGUUGUCGAAGCCGCCGAGGAACAUCUCCAGGAGCUCAAGGCCAAGGUGCUGGCCGCGAAGGACCUGGUUGGUACCCUCCAGGCUGAGCUGCGUGAGUCGUGCCCCAAGGACCUGCGUCCUGAAGGGAGUGAGGCUGUCGCCUUCGUGCUGCCCGACCUCCCUACUACUGUGCUGGAGGCCGAUGCCGAUCUCAAGGCUAUGGUGGAGUCUCCUAUCUUCGACAAGUUCAAAGAGGCCGUGCGGGCUGCCGCCGCUGCCCAGGCCGCCUCUGCUGGCCCAACCUCCGCGGGUCCCGCGGGCACCGACAGUGGUGAAUCGGUCCCCGUCCCAGCGGAUGGUGAUGAAUACAUUGAUGUUGACGAGGAAGGCAUCUCCCAGGUCAUGUCCACCACCAAGUUUUCAGGUGACAAGCGGGAGCUCCAGGAACUGUUCAAGUCCCUCGGCCUCGUCGCCAAGAAGCCGCGGAAGGUGUUGCCGCCGACAUCGACGGCGACACAGUUCAUCGAGACGUUCAAUGGCUCGGGGUGGUCCACGCUGCGAGAGCGGCUCACCAUGACCACCAGUGUUUUCGUAUGCGCCCAGGAGCUUGGCCUCUCCGAGCUCACCGCACCGCAGUCGUUGGCUGCAGUGCGCGCCCUGGGCUGGCGUUUCCUCAUCAGCGAGUCUUACUUCAACGCAAAGACGCAGAGGUGCUCGGCUGGCGUGGGAGUUUUUGUUCGUGAUGGGUUCGGCUUGCGCUGGACCGACCCGACGUGCAAGGCUAUUGUACCACAUCGAGCUAUACAGGUUACCGUUGACCUGCCUGGUUUCUCGUUCAACAUUGUGUGUGCUUACUUCCACGUCAAUGAUGGCGUGCGUGAGAAGAAUUUGUCCUUGCUCAGUGCUAUCGGUGCCAAGAUCGUCGAGCCUCCGCUCACGGUCAUUGCGGCGGAUUGGAACAACUCACCUGCUGCCGUCGAGGCUACGGGGUUCGUGCAGAAGUUGAAGGCCGUCAUCCUGGCGCCCGCCGCGAUCACCUGCCGUACCAGAGCUCGCGUGCAGUCAGUCUGGGAGCCUAUCGUCCAUCGCCGACAGGAGCCCGAUGAUGGCACGUUGGUGGCUAACUGUUGGCAAUGGAUGUGCGGUAUGCUCAGCGAGUUUUUGUCACUCACACGUCGCGAGGACGUCGAUUGGGUCUCGGGCGAGGGCGCUCACCACCUCCUUGCGGUGCGAGUCCCGCACGCUGGUGAGGGCUUGUGCGCCCGCCUCGACCGUUCGCUCGCGUCAGUCCGUCUCCUGCUCACUCAAUGGUCUCCGCAGAUGUCUGGGGACAGCGAGUGGUGGGAUACAGCUGCUGCUCUCGCCGAGGAGCUAGCUGCGGAAUGUGAUGAAGUCCAGGCUGAGCACUCCAAGGCCAGAGACCGUUCCUGGAAGGAGUGGCACAUCUCGGCGCUCAGUGGCUCGGCCAAGCGUAUGCACCGACUCACCCGCAUCAAGAAGCUUUGGGAGCCCACGGUCUCCUCCUCCGUCCCUGGGUCGUUCACGUCUGAGCCGUGUCAGUUAGUGCAGGAGGAGACCGUGAAGCUCGGUGGUUUUUGGCAUGCGGAGGUUGAACCUCCCGAGGCGUGGAUUCCUGACCGCGAGGCUUUGCAGCCCCUCACGCAGUGGUCUUUGGGUCUUGCCACGAUGUCGUUCGACAACUCGAUCGACGGCUUGCUCGAGUCGGUGCUCGCUCGGCUGUUGCGACGACCUCUGCCACUGCGCUCGGUGCUGACCUGGCUCCUGCUCGUCCUCGUGCUGCUCCUGGUGCUACGAUGGACGUUCACCAACUUCAAGAUUUUCUUCGAUGACAACCAGAUCGAGCACGCGAGGCUGGACGCCGCGCUGGCGCGCGCCCGGGGCCGCCAGGCGGAGCACCGGCGCGCCCGGCAGAGGCUUGAGCUCCUGGAGGUCGGCGCGUCCCAGGCCGACCUGCCCACCCGCGCCGCGCUGGAGGCCGCGCUCGCAGCGCUCCGCGACGCGUGGGCGGCGCGCGCCGGGCUCGGCGGCGUGGAGCUGCAGAGGCGGUUCGAGGUCGAGGCCCUCAUUAAGGAGGCGGAGGCUGACGCGGGCUGCGCGGCGACAGCCGAACCCCUGGCCGACCUCAAGGCUGCCUGGGCUCGUCACUGGGCGGAGCUGGGCGACGCAGGAGCUGCGCUGGCAGAGGCCGCAGGCGGCGCGGGGACGGUGCUCGCCGGGGGAAUUGGCACGGACCUGUCGGAGCUGGCGGUGGCCGAGAGAACGGAGACCACGGAGGAUGAGGCGCGGUGGGCCGGCUGCCCCCGCCCGCGCUGCCCACGCUGGCAGACGACGAGCCGCUCCUGGGGUGACGAGCGCGCGCUCGCGCUCGCGCGCGCCUGUUCACCGGCAUAUCGUUCUGGCCCAUCGUGCCUCGCGAAGCCGAGGGACUACCAUGGGUCGGCGGUGGCCUCGGGCAACAGAGCAGCCUCCUGAGCGCCCCGCAGCGUGCUCAGCAUGCGUGGGAGUGCUCUCUGCCGCGCCUGCUGCUGGGCCUGGCGCCGAGGGCGACCUGGAGCCUGCACCGGUGUCUUGAGGUGCGCGGCGCGGAUUCGGCGAGCCGAAC